GCGCGACUCCGGGGGUGGGGUAUGUGGCGUUGUCUGCGUCCGGACCGAAAAUCAUGUACACGAGGGGCAAUUUCACACAAUCGCUCCCACCAUUUACUGGACAGACAUGGCAUCAUUCAUCCCGAAUACAGUUUCUCUCUGCUUGAAACCAAAUUCUCAUCUUGAAUCAUUCUUGCGGGGAUUAGGUGAGAGGGACUUCGUCUACGGUAUGAUUCACAUAUACAAAGUAUACAGACCAUUACUGAGCUCGAUCAGCGCCAAGUUGGCGACUUCAGAGAUAAGGUUUUUUUUGUUUUUUUUUUCAGCAGUUGACGGUGGAUCUCACUAAUUUAGGGGCCCUCAAAGUUAGCCACGCAUCAGUCUAGCCCCAUUAGGUAGGGGGCCAUAGGAAGCUUGCAGAUUCUAACUUAAGCACGUACGGUAGGGCAAAUAAUCGUUUUCUUAGUAAGCCGGGGCUUACGCGUAUUUAUAGAGCCGUAGCUCGGUUAUCAUGCAAAAUC